AUGAGGGUCUCGUCUAUUGUCGGUGCGCUGACGCUUGCCGCGGGCGCGAGGGCGGCGUGCUCGUCGCGCAACUGGAAGGGUUGGGAGAAGGCCAAGCACGCUUUCAUCUUGCUUCGACGUCGCCGGCGCGGCCCCUCCGCCUCCAACCCCCUCGGCAACCCCUACCCGGGCUGGACCUCCUCCAACGGGCCCAACUGGGUCGGCUUCCUCACCAACAAGUACAACGCCUCCGCCGACCUGCGCACCUACAACCUCGCCUACGGCGGCGCCACCGUCGACUCCGCCCUCGUCGAGCCCUGGCAGCCCACCGUCCUCUCCCUGCGCGACCAGGUCGCCGACCUCUUCCUCCCCAACUACGCCCCCGGCGCUACCGAAGCCGCGCCCUUCUGGGACCCCACCACCACCGUCUUCGGCGUCUGGAUCGGCAUCAACGACGUCGGCAACUCGUUUUGGAGCGGCGACGAGGCCACCACGGAGCUGUACGCCCAAAUCUUUGAUGUCUAUGCCGGUCUCGUCGCGGAUCUGUACGCGGCGGGCGGGCGCAACUUUGUCUUUAUCAACGUGCCGCCCGUGCAGCGCUCGCCGCUCAUCCUCGGCCAGGGCGAGGAGGCGAUUGCGCUCGAGGAGGGGGCGCUGGCCAAGUUCAACGCGCUCGUGGACGGUCUCGCCAAGGACUUGAAGACGGCGCAUAAGAACGACGCGAAUGUCUGGGUGUACGAUUCGUACAAGUCGUUUGGCGAUGUCCUUGACGAUGUGGCGGCUUAUCCUCAGACUGCUGGGUACAAGGACACCACGACCUUUUGCGAGGCCUACCAGAACGGCACGCCUGAAUGGGACACCCUCGACGAGUCCUGCACAUACCCCGUCGACCAGUACUUCUGGCUCAACAGCCUCCACCCCACGUAUCCCAUCCACGACGUUGUCGCCGAGGGAGUUGCCGAGCUCCUCAGCGGUCCCCCAACGUCAGUGCUUAAAUGA